AUGGACGGCCGCUCAAAAAUUCCCUAUUUGCCUGCAGAUAUUAUCAACUCGAUCUUAUUACAGCUUCCUGUGAAAUCUCUUUCACGAUUCAAAAGUUGUUGCAAAUCAUGGCAUUAUUGUAUCGAUGAUGCGGACUUCAUCAAGUCACAUCUACGUAACUCAUCUGUUGAUAUUAGUCGUCAAAAAUUUGUCUUGGUUCAUUUGAAACCAUCUCCAAGUACAUACAAUUUUGAAAUUGUGUCAACGGAAGCAUCAAUUAAUGCUGAUUCAAAAGUUGUGUAUCUGAAUAUCCCAGAAUUCUUAAUUAACUAUAUUUUUUUACAAGUGUUUUCAUGUAGUGGCUUGGUCUUUAUGACCUCAUACAUUCCUGGCUAUAGCAUGAUAUUAUUCAAUCCUGCACUUGGAAAAUACAAACUCAUUCCGAAUUCUCUUUUCAGUCGAAAGAAAAGAAGUCGUUGUUCGGAUACAUCUCCAAUAUUUGGUUUUGCCUAUGAUUUUGUGGCUGAUGAUUACAAGGUUAUAUGUGCAUAUUACUUGAUAAACGUAUACUGUAACGUUGUUGAACUAUACUCCGUUAAAAAUCAAUGUUGGAGAACAAUUCAAAAUACUUUUCCUGUUUCCCCUGAUUCUUAUUACCAGUACCUACACAGUAAUCAAGUUUCACUAAACAGUGUCAUUCACAGGAUGUCACACAACAGGGAAGUUAUAUCAUUCCAUCUAGUAGACGAAAAAUUUACUGUAACGGCAGUGCCAAAAGCAUGUGGGGAACAGCCAACGUUACAUGCAUUGGGGGAUGGCAUGUGCGUUUUCACAACGGUUGGCGAGGAAAGUUUGAUUUGGUCGCUGGAGAAAGAUAGGUGGAAUUGUAUCAACAAGUUUCAUACUUUACCCUCACUCAUUGGAAUGCCUAUAUGGCCAGAUGUUAAACCCUACACAGUAGGUCUCUUCCUAUUUGUUAAGGAGAAUGGGAACAUACUAUGGAGAAAUCAUGAUGGUCCUUUUAUUGAGUAUCAUGUGCGGAAAAAUGAAUAUACUGAGUUUAAGUCGAUACAAAUUCCGCCUUUGGUGUCAAGUAAGGCUUUGUACGUGGAAAGCUUAGUUUCUUUGAAGAUUCCGUGGGAUUGA